UAGAGCCGUGUCAAAAAGUCGAGGCAGAGUGUUAUGAGUUGCUGACUACUAUUGAUGUGACAAAUGAAAAGCAGGAAACAGUGGAAUUGAGGCGAGUGAGAACAAAGGUAUAGUAGGCUUCAUUAUGUAUGCUGUGCUGAUGUGGGCUCACUUGCCAAGGAUCCACAGGGUUAAACAACUGGAUGGGGCCAAGUAGAAGCCCGAGGCAGGUUCCAGCCGAAGAGGUGGCCCUCGCCAGACAAAGGCACUCACUGUUACUCCGGCAUCCUCACAUCAAGUGAUGCGCCAUAAAGGCAUAACUUCAGUUUUUACAUGAAACUAACCAAAUUAGAAAAGGCUCAUUAUGUCUGCCGGCAAUCUCUAACUCGCAUCACUAAUGACGUAUUUCUUUUUUUUUUUUUUUCCGCGUUUAAAGACAAGCCACGGUGGCUUCCCUCACAGCCAUCGUCUCAGUCCUGAGAAAAGAAGUCGUUACAGUCCAUUCUCGCCUAGAUCUUAGUUGAGCCAAGAUUGUGAUUCUUAGACUGGACGUUGUAAAUCAGGAUACGGAAUGCUUGAGAUGCUUGGAUAUCACCCUUGUGAGGUGCAGACUCAUCUGGAGAACCCGACCAAGUACCACAUCCAGCGCUCCCAACAGCAGCAGGUCAAGCAGUACCUGGGAAAGCUUGGCUCACAGGUACUGAGCUUGCCCUGCCCCAACCAGACCUCUGACCACGGUGGCAUGCCGCCAGGGCCGGGCAACAGCGCCCCCAACAGCCCUAUGGCCUUAUUGACCCUGAAUUCCAACUGCGAGAAAGAGAUGGAUGAUGUCAUCGAUGACAUUAUUAGUCUGGAGUCCAGUUACAGCGACGAUAUCCUCGGCCUGAUGGACCCAGGACUUCAAAUGGCCAACACGAUCCCAGUGCCCGCCACCCUCAUGGACAUGUAUGCAAAUCAGGGUAUGCCCCAGCAAGGAUUGUCCGUCAGCAACUCCUGCCCUGCCAACCUGCCCAACAUCAAAAGGGAAUAUCCAGCAUCACAAUCUCCGGCCGUAAUGCACAUGUUGGAUAAAUCUGGAUCAUGUGGCAAAUUUGACAACUACCAGAGGCCUGAAGGGUUUCCAGUUGCUGAGGUAAGAGCUCUAGCAAAGGAGAGACAGAAGAAGGACAACCACAAUUUGAUUGAGAGAAGACGACGGUUCAACAUCAACGAUCGAAUUAAGGAACUGGGAACUUUAAUUCCAAAGUCAAAUGACCCAGACAUGCGCUGGAACAAGGGCACCAUCCUCAAGGCGUCCGUGGAUUACAUCAGGAAGCUGCAGCGUGAGCAGCAGAGGGCCAAAGAGCUGGAGAACUGUCAGAGGAAGCUUGAAAAUGCCAAUCGGCAUCUUAUGCUGAGGAUACAGGAGUUGGAGAUGCAGGCGCGAGCUCACGGCCUGGCCAUCACGUCCUCGGCGCUGUGCUCCGCUGAUCUGGUGGGCCGGAGGAUCAAGCAGGAGCCCGCUCUGGAGGACUGUCACCAGGACUUGUACACGCUCCUCCCCCACACGCAUCACCAGCAGCACCCCGCCUGCACGCCCGAGCACCCCGGCACCCUGGAGCGAAACGAGGGUCACCCCAAUUUCGCCGACGGGCACUACGUCAUUCACGGCAGGCCGGCCUCCAAACUCAACGACAUCCUCAUGGAAGACAAUGUCUCGCCCGUGCGAGGCGGGGACCCUUUGCUGUCGUCAGUCUCCCCGGAUGCCUCAAAGGACAGCAGUCGCAAGAGCAGCGUAAGCAUGGAUGAGAAUGAGCAAGGCUGUUAGCGCCCCCUUCUGGAAGAUCCCCUCCAUGCGGCUUCACUCUGGGCUGCAGGUGUUUUUUAUUUUUAUCUUUUUCCAGCGUUUACACGUUUUCGGUCGUUGCCUUUUUUAUGUCGGUGUCUAACCUUGAUUUUCAAGGAUUGGUUUCAAAGUCUGUUUGCUUUAAUCGAAACGUUGAUGACAAUAGUUACACUUUGAGAGUUUUAUAUGUAAAAGAAAACGUACUUCUCGUCGGCUAGAUGCUAAAAUGUACUCUAUUUGUGGUGAUUCCAAAGAAUGUGAGGAAAUGACAAAUGAUGCUAACGCAGUGGAGCGUGUGGCGAGGAAGCGCUGCUUUUGAAAUCGCAGUAGCAGGAAUAGAGGAUAAGGUAUUUAUUACUGUAGUGCUUUACACUCCUUGUGUCUUCGAACUUGAACAUGUCGAUGCCUUAUUAUGACAUCAGUAUUGAAUCGCGAUGCACCUGCCGUGGUUGUUAGUCUUCAAUGCAAAACUCUUGACAAAUGCUUCCGUUUUAGAUGGAAACCAAAUGCUCUAUGUUGGUAAGUGGUUCAUACGUUCCCCUCCAUUAUCAUUUUUCGUUAUCCUGACUGCAUUUUCUCCACGACGUUUUUGAACUCGAGAAAAAUAAGCACGACAAACAUUUAAUUCAAAACACAGCUGUUUGGCAAACAUAGUGGUACAGUAUUUAUAUUGCUAUUGUGCCAGUAUGUAAUAAGUGACGAGGGCGAUGAUGCUAUUUGUCUAAUGUUAUAGACAAAAAAGUAAAUAAGCAAAUUGAUGAAAGCCAUUUUGACAGCGCUGUACCAGAACAGUGCAGUUUUCCUAUAUGAAGCUCAUUUUAGCCACAAAUUCACGCACGAGUGCGUCCACGAUAACAACGUCAUCAUAUAUAUCAAGGGACAUGACUUGAUUGUCAGAGAUGCCUGCAGAUACAGAGCAGAAGGGUGACCUUCCCAGCUCUUUGGUCCUUUCGUUUGCCACCUGUCUGCCCACAUGGCUCGGAUACUUUCACUUGUCAAGUCUGCGGAGCGCAUAGUCACAAGUAAAAAGAAACACUGGAAUGACCUCUUUAAAUCAAAUCAUAGCUUUUUUUUUUUCUUUUCGGUAUCUGCAUUGUGUCACGAUCCUUCUGGGCUUUUCCCAACAUUUACACAAUAUUGCUUAAGACGUCUGAUGUAUGAAGAUUGUGUAUUUGUUUUCCAGCACUUGUAGCACAUGAUGUUCAGCAUGGUAUUGACUUCUUUCCUAUUACAACUCCGUCUCCAGCCAGGUAAUGGUUGAGUUUGUUUGUGCCUGUCUAUUCACGUCCUGACGACGUGAUGAUGUGAUCUUUAUAAAUGAUGCAAGUGCCUUGAGGUGUUCCCUGUUUCGCCACUGAUUUAAGAGGAGCUGGAGAUUGUGGCACCAAUAUUGUGUUGCAGAUGUUUACUGGCGUUUAGGGAGAAUGUCAAGCUGCUUUGCAAACUUUUUGCAGUACAAAAAAAAAAAAAAACUCCCAAGAAUCUGUUGGAUGUAGAGGCAUAGAAAAUAUAUAUUUUUAAUAGAAACUAAAAAGUGUCAUGAUAAAUCAUUGAAUUAAGUGAUGUGCAAGAACAUAUUAGGAGAACGGCCUAUAAUUUAUCUGUGAUUAAACCCAUACCCGUUUAGUAUAUAUUUUUACAAUUUUUUUUAAUGUAGGUACAUGUCUUCUUAAAAAAAAAGGAAACAGUAUUUUGUUUAAUGUUAUUCCUCCUUUGACUCCAAUUCUUCUGGACAACAAAGGUCAUGUUAGUCCAAGUAGCAAGCUUCUCCAACAAGCACAACCAAACAUCAAUCUGCUGAAUAUUAAUUCUUUUGAAUUGUGGCCAUUUAUUAUAUUCACAAGUGCUGUUGGAGAAGAGGUGGUUUGUUUGGAUCAAGAUGUGUUAUUUUUUUAAAUAUAUUAUUGAUGAAUAAUCUUGGCUGAUUGACACUUAAUAUUUGUCACCUAUGUGUUAUUUAUUUUAUGGAUAAUAAUCCCAUUGUUGGAAUUUAUCACUGUCAUUUCUGUUUGCCUGAAUGUAAUUCAAAUCGACGACAGCCACCAAUGUGCUGCCAGUGUGCCAAAGUUACUGCAUGUACGGUAGCUGUAAUAUCUCAUGAGGUCAGCUACCCUGCCGAACAGGAUCGUUACAAGUACCGGUAGUCAGAAGAAUCGUGUGGCUUUGAUGUGAAUCGUUUAAAGAAUCAUGACCAUCUGGACGGAAAGGGAUGUAACGGUGCGUUAUGCAACACUUGGCUUUUCCGGAGAUAUCUUAUCUGGUGCAAGUAACACUUCGAUUUCUGGUCGAGGCAAAGCGCAGGCCACCCUUGAAACAAAUGCUUAUCAGUAAGCUCCAUCGUUUGAUGCCAAUCUUGAAAUCUAAUUUUUUACAACCUGGCUGAACCAGCAGAUGUGAUUCGAUUUUCAGUGAUGCAACAUGAAAGGCACCCGCUGUGAUUCUACGACACCUUUUGCAGAUGAAGUACCAAGUUCGAUCCGUGAACUUGCUGUUAUGGCCUCUGUGGUUCAUUCUAACGUGUCCUCUGCUUCUUGCUCGGUUUUGUGGUGGUGUGGCAAUAGUCACAGUACGCACUCGACUCUGUGAACUCAAAUUAUGUUUGGAAAAACAUUAAAAGCUUUAUUUGAGAGUUUGGAGGGGUUUUUUUCCCUCAGUUUUCAUGUGAAAAUAAAAACCAUGUCGAAUGUCAACCACACUGAAAAAUAUUGCGCACCCAACGCAUUAAAUGUCACAAUGAUUGUUGUUUGCUUUAAUUUCACACUAAUAGUUCGACCAAAAUAAAGUUUUUAAAUGUUGAACAGA